UUGUUUUUCCUUGGGAAAAAAGUCGAGGAACAAUGUUUGGAAAGGAGAUUUUUAGUUAUAUUCUAUUUUUCUCUCAAGUGUAAACAAACAAUUUUAUAUAGGACAUGAAAUCUUUCGGAAUACCUAAACUAUAUUUCCGCGUCUUGAAGCUUGUUUGACGCUCCGUUUGGGAAUUCUUGAAGCUGCAGAGAUUGCAAGGCGGAAGAAGAAGAAGGGAAUUUCGAAGGGACGAACUGAGAGAGCCAAGUGAUGGCUCCGGAUUGAUUUCACCAGAGCCUUGCAGUGUUUUUCAACUUUAUUCGAAUGCAUAUAAAAUCUUGUGUAUAUUUUAAAACACAGAUUAGUCUCUGUGUCUCAUUAAUGUCAUAAUUUAGACUGAUCAUUUGCGCUCAAGAAGCUCAAAAUGGCGGAGGGCUGGCCCAUCCCCCAGGCCCUGUUCCUGCUCAUAGUGAGUGUCGCGGGCCUGGACACUUGCCCUUCUCCCUGUACGUGUUCUGGUGGUCCAGGUGCAGCACAAUUGCUGGAUUGCAAUAGGAAGAGACUGACUGCUGCAGCUCUGGAAGCUCCAGCCUGGAUCACCCAUGCGUCUAUGAAUCAGAAUGAACUUACAGCGGUGCCUUUUCUUGGAGAUGUCUCAUCCAACAUCACAGUGCUGUCACUUGUUCAUAACCGAAUCUCUGAAGUCGUGGCGGAGCAGCUGUUGCCAUAUUCAUCUCUGGAAAGUCUAGAUUUGAGCUCUAAUUCUAUAUCUGAGCUUAAGGCCGGAUCAUUCCCUCCCACGCAGCUGAAAUAUCUCAACCUGAGCAAAAACAAGAUAAGUUCCUUGGAGCCCGGUUGUUUCGGAAACAUCAGCUCCCUUCUGGUGUUGAAGAUAAACCAGAACAGACUCUCUGUGCUGCCUGAUAAAGUCUUCACCCUCUCUCAGCUCCAAGUCUUAGAGUUGAGGCGCAACAGGAUUCGUGUUGUGGAAAGUCUCAUUUUCAAAGAACUAAAGGCUCUUAAAUCAUUAAAGAUGCAGCGCAACGGCAUCACAAAGCUGAUGGAUGGAGCUCUCUUUGGUUUGGAAAACAUGGAGGAACUAGAGUUGGAGUAUAAUAAUCUGACAGAGCUGAAUAAGGGCUGGUUGUAUGGCCUGCACAUGCUCAGGAUUCUGCAGGUAAAUCAGAACAAUAUUGGACUCAUCCGAGCCGAUGCCUGGGAGUUUUGCCAUCGCCUGGAGGAGCUGGAUUUGUCCUUCAAUCACUUGAGUCGUCUGGAGGAUUGGGUGUUUUCUGGUCUCAGUCUCCUGCAGAGUCUCAACUUGGGUGACAAUCAAGUCUCACACCUGGGAGAAGGAGUGUUCAGCAGCCUGGCUAAUGUCCGCACAUUGGACAUCCGUAAUAAUGAGAUAUCUCUUGCCAUCGAGGACUUCGUUGGCAUGUUUGUGGGUUUGAAGAGGCUGAAUUCGCUAGUUUUACAGAAUAAUAAAAUCAGGACCAUCACUAAGAGAGCGUUCGAGGGUCUGAUGGAGCUGGAGCAUUUGGACCUGAGUAAGAAUGGCAUCAUGUCUAUUCAUCCUGAUGCUUUCACUCAUUUAAAACUUAAAACACUUGAUUUGAACACCAGCAGCCUUCUGUGUGACUGUCAGCUGCAGUGGUUGGGCCAGUGGUUGAUUGACAGUCAGUUCCAGCAAUCCUGCACUGCCGUCUGUGCUUAUCCUGCCUUCCUGGCAGGAUCUAGUGUGCUUGCUAUUAAACCCGAGGAUUUUGUCUGCAAUGACUUCCCUAAAUCCCAGAUCAGUGCUCAUCCCAAGACCGCCGUGGCCUUGCGCAGGACCAACGUCACUCUGAACUGUUCUGCGUUCAGUAGCAGUGAUUCUCCUAUGAGCACCACCUGGCGCAAAGACGGAGAGGUGCUGUAUGAAGCUCAGGUGCAGAACUACGCUCGGUACCAGGAUCACCGCCUCCUCUACACCACCGUACUCCACCUGCUCAAUGUCAAUUUCACAGAUGAGGGCCAGUACCAGUGUGUGGUCUCCAACCAUUUUGGGUCCAACUACUCCACUCUGGCCAAGCUCACUGUUAAUGAGCUCCCCACCUUCCUGAAGACACCCAUGGACCUGACCAUCCGCACCGGUACGGUCGCGAGGUUGGAGUGUGCUGCAGAGGGACACCCGACACCACAGAUUGCCUGGCAGAAAGACGGCGGUAUCAAUUUCCCUGCCGCCCGUGAAAGAAGGAUGCAUGUCAUGCCAGACGAUGACACUUUUUUCAUUGCUAAUGUGAAGACACAUGAUAUGGGCGUUUAUAGCUGUACGGCCAAAAACGAGGCGGGCAGCCUGUCAGCCAAUGCCACUCUUACUGUGCUAGAAACCCCAUCCUUCCAGCGCCCUCUAGAGGACCGUAACGUUGCCCGAGGUGAGACUGCUGUCCUCCAGUGCAUAGCACGUGGUAGUCCUGCCCCCCGUCUCAAUUGGACCAAAGACGACGCUCCAUUGGUGCUGACGGAACGCCACUUCUUCGCCGCAGCCAAUCAGCUCCUCAUAAUCGUAGAUGCCAGCCCUGCUGAUGCAGGGAAAUACAUGUGCAUCAUGUCCAACACGCUCGGCACAGAGCGUGGUCAUAUCUACCUCAGCGUCUCACCCUCGGCCAACUGUGACCCGGUGACCAGCAUAUACAGUCAGGACGGAUGGACAACAGUUGGCAUUGUAGUGAUGGUGGUCGUCUGCUGCGUUGUUGGCACCUCGCUUGUGUGGGUCAUGGUAAUUUAUCACAUGAGGAGAAAGAGUGAAGACUACAGCAUAACAAACACAGAUGAGAUGAACCUACCAGCAGACAUUCCCAGUUACCUCUCAUCUCAGGGUACGCUGUCAGAGCCUCAGGAGGGCUACAGUAACUCAGAGAAUGGAAGCCACCAGCAGCUUAUGCCAUCUCAUGCUAACGGUUACGUCCACAAAGGCACCGACGGAGUGUGUUACGGUGAAGUGAGCAGUGAUGUUGAUCCAGAUGCUAAUGGAAUGCUGGGUAGUCGUGUGGGCUCUUUCUUUGCUGAACGUAGCAGCUUCCACCGGAGUGAACCCAGAGAGGGACAGGCAAAUGUCCCUAAUGGUGGACCAGGCCCUCUGGUCAUCUGCUCAGAUUGCUACGACAACGCCAACAUCUACUCGCGCACGCGUGAGUACUGUCCAUACGCCUACCUGACAGAGGACGACCCACUUGUGUCUCAGAUCUCUCGGGAUGGACACCAGAGCAGCCAUCAAGAGCGGGAUCAGCACGCAGACACGGUACUGGAGAGUUUUAUAAGUCAGCAGAAUGCCUCUGUGUUCCUCACCAACCAUGAACCACGACUACCAGCGUCACAACACUAUAGCACUGAUGUCCCAGGCAGGUCAUUUUGGGAAGGGGAAGAAACCCACUCUUCUAUCCUCACCCAGGGCUCAGUGACUGUACACGAGCCCCCGAUGGGUCUGUCCGCUGGGGACGGCCGAGAGGAGAGGAGGGGGGCACUGGAGGAAGGCUCAUACAGGACUAACCCACAGGAAAGCGCCUCUGCGCCCACAUAAAUCCAGCCA